AUGGCUUCACAACUAGUGUCACUGCCCGAGGUCGAGCGCCUCAGCCCAGUGUGCAUCCGCAUUCUGGGGGGGAACCCGGGAAAGUUCACGCUGCAAGGUACCAACACAUACCUCCUCGGCCGGGGCAGCCGCCGUAUACUCAUCGACACGGGCGAGGGCAUGCCCUCGUGGAUUGCUGCUGUCAAAUCCACUCUGGAGCAGGAGAAGGCGACGGUAGAGAAAGUCUUGAUCACUCACUGGCAUGGGGAUCACCAGGGCGGCAUCCAGCAGCUGCUAGAGCUGUCCCCAAGCUCCGAGGUCUUCAAGAAUCAACCUGGGGAGGGUCAGUCAGACAUCUCUGAGGGCCAGAAGUUUACUGUUGAUGGGGCCAGCCUUACCGCUAUUUUCACCCCGGGGCAUGCCGUUGACCAUAUGGCCUUCGUCUUGGAGGAGGAGGACGCCAUGUUCACAGCGGACAAUGUCUUGGGCCAGGGCACUGCUGUGUUUGAGGACUUGACCGUCUACCUCAACAGUCUCGAGAGAAUGCAAGGCAUGUUCAGCGGGAGGGCGUAUCCGGGCCACGGGCCAGUGAUUUAUAAUGGUCCGUCCAAGAUUUCAGAGUACAUCAAUCACAGGAAGACCCGAGAGGAGCAGGUUAUUCGCACGCUGAGGACAGCAAGGCAAGGCACUGCCAUUGAGGGCCCGGCCGAUGCCUGGACACCCAUGGAACUUGUCAAAGUCAUCUAUCACGAUGUUCCUGAGGAGCUGCACAUCCCGGCGAGUGGUGGGGUUGCACAGAUCUUGGACAAGCUCGAAAGGGAAAAAAGGGUGGUCCAGAGCAACGAGAGAUGGGCGUUGAAAGAUCGAUCGGCGUUGUAG